AUGGAUGAAUCCAACAACUUGGUAGCUGUUAUCGGUGCUCCCAAGACUUGUGGCUACAGUUUGAAGGGAAAUGGCAAAAACAUCUUGACUGCUCCUUACAAGGCCUGUCAUGUCAAGAUCCUGAACAACUUCUAUAUCCUGAGAGUCCUCUACACAACUUUUACUGGGGAGCGAGGAGAUAUACAGGCCAAAUGUCCUGUUCCUGGUCUAGUACCACAUGUGGGGUGCAAGAUACCAAGAAGUCAGCAGUUGGCUUGUGGUCCACCUAAUGUUGAUCCACAACGGUGUGUGGCCAAUGGAUGUUGUGUGGAUGCAAGAACUUCCCAUUGUUACUAUCCUUUGGAUGCGUGCACUGCAGAUGGGCAUUUUGUAUUCUCCGUAUACCGCACCUCAACCAAGCCAGAAAUUGAUCCGAGCAGUCUAGUAAUUGCAGGAAACCAUUCAUGUGUCCCUGUAAUCUGCACUCCAGACUUUGCGGUCUUCAAAUUUCCUGUGACUGGCUGUGGGACACGUGUCUUUACUGUGGCGGAGACUACAAUCUAUCUUGCUGAAGUUCGUGGUUUGGUUCGGGGGAUCCAGCAGAUGUAUGGACAAAUUACCAGAGAUGGCCCUUAUCGUUUCCAUGUGGAAUGUCGCUAUUCUAAAGGAAACUUGGCCAGCACUGGUUACUUUGUGGUGAACCCACCGCCUCCAUCAGCAGCCUUGGCUUUUGGCUCUCUUGGGGUUAGGUUAAGGAUUGCCACAGAUGCCAGCUACACCAGCUUCUACCCACAGUCCCAUCUGCCCCUGAGCGUCUUGCUUGGAAGCAAGGUGUAUCUGGAAGUGCAGCUUGUGAACCCUCCUAACCCCAGUGUAGUUCUGCUGGUCCACUACUGCAUCGCCUAUCCCCGGUCCUCUCAAGCUGCCUGGGUGAUCAUCUAUGAAGGUUGUCCAAACAUCCUGGAUUACAGCAGUGCUGCUGGCCUCCAUGUCAAAUACAAUAACAUGCCUGUAUCCAAGCACACUCGACGCUUUGAAAUAGAAAUCUUCCAGUUCCUGGACUACAAGACCAAGCAGCGUUUGGAUGAGGAAAUCUAUUUCAUGUGUUCAACCGAAGUGUGUUCCCCGGAACGUCGUGUUUGCAAUGAAGGAUGCUUUGAUGGAAGAGAGAUGCCUGUUCCCACAUCAAGAUCUGCUGGAGGGCGCUGUGCAGGAAAGCCCUGUCCUGGGAAAUCAAACGUAGACAAGCGAGCUGCUCCUGGUCAUGCUGGCUUCAUUGCUGUCAGCGAAGGAACCUUCACUUUGGAUGAGAUUGUGCCCCAUGAACAAACGGAGAAGCACUGGACGCACUUCCAUGGUCUCCUGUGGCUGCUUGGUUUGCUGGUCCUGGUAUCUGUUAUAAUGCUCUUCCUCAAAUGGAUUGGCUUGCAAAUUGUCAGGUCCUAGAGAAGCAGUCUCUAACUUGAAUAAACCUUUAUCUUGUGUUAA